AUGUCCAUUCAGCAAAACAUGUUUCGGUGGCUCAACUCCUGGUUCUCUCCCCGGGCAAACCCGCCUUCAGCGGGUGAGAGUACGGCGAACCCAGAACACACCAGAUCGUCCAUCCAGCUAGACAUCAUCGUCGUGGGCGCAGGCCUGAGUGGCCUGGCUACCGCAGUGGCAGCCGCACUAUCCGGACACCGAGUGACGGUGUUCGAAUCAGCCCGGGAGCUUCUCGAGGUCGGCGCGGGGCUUCAAGUGACGCCCAACUCGACGCGCAUCCUCCAGAAAUGGGGCUUGCCGGACCGCCUCUGGAAAUCCGCGUCGGAGCCGACGGAGCUGGUCGUCCACCGGUACUCGGGCCAGGUCCUCGCCAAGGAGGAGAACUUUGACAAGACGAUGCGGGCCCGGUACCAGGCGCCCUUCAUCGACCUGCACCGCGUCGACCUGCAGCUCUCGCUCUACGAGCGCGCCCGGGACCUCGGCGUGCGCUUCCGGCUCGGCGAGAAGGUCCAGGACAUCGACUUCGACGCCCCCGAGCUGACGACGCAGUCCGGCACCCGGGCGCGGGCGGACCUGAUCGUCGCGGCGGACGGGCUGUGGUCGCGGUCGCGCGCGUGUUACCUGAAGAAGGAGGACCCGCCGCUGGCGACGGGGGACCUGGCGUACCGCGUCGUGCUGGACGCCGACGAGAUCGAGGACCCGGAGCUGAGGGAGUGGAUGUCCAAGCCCAAGGUGCACUUCUGGAUCGGCCCCGGCGCGCACUGCGUGGGGUACUCGAUGCGGGCCGAGAAGAUGUACAACAUCGUGCUGCUGGUGCCGGAUGAUCUGCCGCAGGGGGUGAGCCGCCAGGCGGGCAGCGUCGAGGAGAUGAAGGCGCGGUUCCGGGGCUGGGAUCCCAUCCUCGGGAAGCUCCUCGGCGCGGUGGACAACGUGGAGAAGUGGAAGCUGAUGCACCGAGAGGAGUUGGAUUCUUGGGUCAACGACAAGUCCAACUUUGUCUUUGUAGGAGACGCGUGCCACCCGAUGCUGCCCUACCUCGCCCAAGGCGCCAACUCGGCCGUGGAAGACGGUGCCGUGCUGGGCCUCGUGCUGGGCCAUCUCACGUCCAAGUCACAGCUGCCCGCGGCUCUGAGGCUGUACGAGAAACUGCGAAAGGCGAGGGGGGAGUCCAUCGUGAGAGAGACGUUCAAGCAGCGACACGACUUCCAUAUGGAAGACGGCCCCGAGCAGGAGGCCAGAGACCGCGUGUUCCUGUCGCAGCUGGGCAAGGAGCUCAAGGGGCCGUUCCCCAGUCGGUGGACGUGCCCCGACGUGCAGCCGUGGCUGUACGGGUAUGAUGCGUACAAGGAGGUGGAGGAGGCGAUGAAGAGCGAUCCUUUCGACAAGUCUGGCUGA